UCGAGCUAUGGUGGUGGUUGUACAGACAAAUACGACAGAUCGGAACAGAAGUUGAAAAACCAGAAUUCGACGUAGCCACAGAUACGAAAACUCUACAAAAAUACAAAACAGUUUUUGAAGAUACGCACACUCGGAAGUUUCUCACUUGAAUAUGGAUCCGAAAUCAGCCCCAAAUAUUGUUUUUGAAAACGGAACACUUCUGGGAUUAAUGCCCCAACGUCAAUCAACAAGACACUGUCACUCGUUCGUCAUUCCUGAAAUCGUGAUUAGUUCCAGUCAAAGCAACAACAGCCUCCACAGAAAUCGCGAAGAAAGCGGAGGCCGUGCCGUGAGCACAAAUUCAAUUGAUAGAACAUUAGGAACCUGCAACGACCAUAAAAUCUGCUCGGGACAGUGUGUUUUACGUCCAUGCGGUGUAAUUUCAUCAAACAUGCCCAACGCAAGCGCUGACUUACGAUCUGCUUCUGAGUCCAAAAACGAAACGUGUUCGGACGGGAAUUCUAUCAGAGCAAACAACACAAAUAGCUCGGCAUCCGAAACAACCGUUAUGGCUGCUCUGGAGAUCGGAUUUCCGCCCCAAUACAGUAACAUAUAUCGAGAUUGUCGACAAAACCUUAUGGGUAGCGAGUCUGUUACCCCACAAGCGCAGCAAGCGAGAUACAUACCGCCUGAAGGAGAUCGUACAAGUAGCAUACAAUAUUUUCAGUGCUGCCAGCAACUACCAGAAAUCGCGCAUCAAAAUUCUCAUCAUGACCACAGCACUACAAUGAACGUAACUGUACCCAUAUCUGGCCGUUCUUUUGAGACUGGUGGUAUUUUGUUAAAUACCAAUAGUACUAACAUAACUAGGUCGUCCAGCGAAGUACCGGUAGGAGGAUGCAGUAUACGAAAGUGGUUCCUACGUCCUUCAUUGCCCUUUGUUAUUGGUGUCUUUGCUCUUGGAGGUGUAGCAUGUACUCUUGGUGGCAUUGUGCUUGGAUGUACGGGUCUUUUGGAACACUCAACUCAAUAUUUAAGCGCGGCCCUUUUAAUGAUAGGAAUUGGAGUAUCAUUAAUAGUUAUUUCUGGUGCUAUCUGGAGACUAAGUCUUCUUGACGAUGUGGAUGAUUGCAGAUGCUUUAGGCGUUUUGAAACUUGCCGGAACUGCCACAACCCUCAAUGCAACAAUCGACAGCUUCGAGAUGGCUACAUUUAUCCUGAAUUUCAGCAUCGUCCACCACCACCUUCUUAUCUAACUUCACUUAACGAGUACACACUUGUUUACUACCCGAAUAUCCAUUCUAUCGGAAUAACCACUCCACCCCCACUGUAUCGAUCAACAUACUCGCUCAACGUUUUAGGAGCGAUCGUCCCAUCUGCAGGAAUAUCCCAAUUACAAGAAAACGUGAUCCUUAAAAAUGAUCGGUCUCCAUCCGUCACUAUUAAAAGAGUAAAAUCAUUCGAUCAAUUAACAAGCACAGAUAUCUCUGAGGCUGGACCCUUAAUACAGGGUACUGAAGAUGACACAACAGAAAAAGAUGAUUCUCUUAUUGAAAUUUGUAAGGUAUAGGUUUUUUUUUUAAUAUGCUCCUUAUGAUAUUGUCUUGACCAACUACAGUAUCAACUAAAUUCAUUAUUAAAGAUUGAAAAAUAAAAAUUCCCUAUCGUCAAAGCUGUAUGUCUUUUACAUAAACAUAUGUAUAUGUACUGUUUAAUUUACUAAUUGUUUAAUAAACAUAAAAGGAAAGCUAA